AUGGCCUAUGCACCGUCUAGAAGGCGGACGGCUCUGGCCUUUGGCGUCAGCAGCUUGAUGGUCUUGGCCUUCUGUGGUCUGCAGAAGUCCUUCGUGGCCCUGAGCCCUGCGGGUGCAGCUAGCCCUCGCUCAGAGGUCCGGCUGCCUGCCGGAGCAGGGCAGCAGCAGACGGCUAGAGCUGCACCACCCAGCGCGUCCGUGGCCAGCUGGGGCAUUCCAGCUGCGCUUGCUCUUGGUGCGGCAGUUGUGUUGGCCUCACAGAGUCGUGAUCAGUCCUCCACCACGAUGUACGGCAAGCACGACAAGAAGACCUUCAGGGGGAAGCAGCAUGCCCACAGCUUCGGUAAGUACCGCAUGCGCAAGAACAAGGCGCGACGCAUCCAGGCAAUCAAGAACGGAACCUACGACCCCGAGAAUACGCCCCAGAGGGGGCAGCCCGAGCCUGAGCAUACUUGGGAUUACGACAACAUCGUCGACAACCCCAUAUACUACGCUCCGGACUACCUGAAGGAAGUCAUGGCUGAUUACUGGGAUGACGUGAACGAGGUGAUGCGCAAGAAGUGGAAGGACGAGUGA